CUUCAAUUGCCAGUUUCUGUUCAAAUCGUAUCUUUUGUCAGAUAUUAACUUGUGUAACUAAAUACAGAUACAGUACACGUCUACAGACGUAAGACGUUGUAGUAUAUAUAUAUAACAGGCAAAUAGUAGUCGUCGUCAGUGAAUACUACGGCUGUAUUAGAAUAGUGGUCAAGUUAAGAGGCCGAAGCAAAUUGGGUAGACUUAAUUAGAAAUAUAUGCGAGUAAAACUAAAACCACAUUGGUACUUUACAAAUUUCAGGGGUAGUUAUAAUCUAAUCAGUAAAGCUUAUCGCAUAUUAUGGUAAAAUAAAAUAGUAUUUAUAACAUGAGAAAGCCGAAAAAUAUACCCAUUAUGCUUGGGAUAUUAUUUUUAACAUUUCUAUUGUACGGUUCAUACAGAAGAAGUAUAUACAAAAUAUCUGAAAACGGUGGUAACACCCAAAAAGAAAAUACAGUGGAAAAGAAAAAGGAGAAAUUUUCUACAGUUCAGGCAGGAUUAAAACAAAAUAUUCAAAAUCACAAAAUUGAAAAGACAAAAUUGAUGAACUCGUUUUCUCCCCAAUCUCAGUACAUUUCGUCCAAAAACCGUCCUCAAUUGUCGGCAUCGACUGGAAAGGAAAAUUACAAACAAGAGUUUGUAACAAGAGAGAACAACAGUCAAAAAAAUCCCGAUCAACUUAAUCAUUUUAUCCUCGAGAAGAAAAUUCAAAAUAAUAACAAAUUUAGGACUGAUAAGAAAGUGAUGUCGUCUGAAAAUAUCAAACUUUCAAACAAUAAAGACGAUAUGAAUUUUGAUGACUUUAAAAUUCGGCCAAAAUAUACAGAUAAAAAUAUAGUUUCAAAAUCAUGGUUUUGGGAAGCUGAUAAAAGCGAUCGGAAAAAAAUUGUACAAGAAAGAGACAAAGCAUUCCUCAGAUUCAUAAAAGACACGGAAAAGAUUGAAAAUAUUAAAUAUCCUCGUCUUCCGGGAUUGAUCGGAUUAGGUGUUGAAAAAUGCGGCACCGGAGCAUUGCAAUGUAUGCUUGAAACGCAUCCAAUGCUUCUCCCAGCUGCAAAGAACGGGAGAGAAAUUCACUAUUUUGACAGAAAAGAGGAAUAUUCUGAAGGAAUUGGACAUUAUUUAAGACAGUUUCCACAACUUACUAAUUAUCAAAUUGCAAUGGAAAAAUCACCAUCCUAUUUCACAGACGCGGAAAAUAUUCCAAGACAAGUGAAAGAAGAUGUUCCGAAUGCUAAACUAUAUGCUAUGGUGUGUGAUCCUGUGAAUAGAACAUACUCAGAUUUUCGACAAGAAAUUUGGAAAACAAAGUUGCCUAGAACAUCAAAUUAUGACAAAUUGAUCAACUCUAAAUUACUGAAUCUACUUGGUAUUAAAUCAUCUCGACUACAGAGAGAUGAUGAUGCAAUGUCAAAUUUUAUAUUUGACUCUAUGGACAAAGAUAUUAAUAAUCACAUUAUUACACACGGACUUUAUUAUUACCAUUUGAAAAGAUGGAUGAAACUCUAUACUAAGAACGAUCUUCUUGUUAUCGACGGAGAAGAAAUCAUGAAAGAGCCGUGGAAUGUUGUAGAGAAGGUUCAAGAAUUUCUACAGAUUCCGAAAUUCAUCACGAAAGAAAACUUCAUUGAAAAUCGUGACACUGGGUUUUACUUUUCGAGACCACUGUUGGUGAAUCAGACAAAAAAUGGAGAAAAACUCGUAACCUACGGUGAACCAAAUUGCUACGUAAUGAAAAACAAGGGACGAACUCGAUCAAAAUCAUUGUCUGAAAAAAUUAAUUCGAGAGUGGUAAACUUGUUAACAAAAUUUUAUAAACCCUAUAAUGAAAUUUUUUUUAACCUCAUAGGAGAAAAAUAUGAUUGGCAAUAGGUUAUUUAUUUAAAUAGAAAUAUUUAUAUAUAUGCGAAUAAAACGUUUUCUGUGGUAAUUAAUAAGCUGCAUAUAGAAUGUAGAUUCAGUCUAAGCAAAGUACUAUACUUCUCGAAACAGUAUCACAUAUAUUGCCAGAAUGUAGUCUACGCAGUCUGUUUGCCCAGGCAUAAUCAGCUUGAAAUGGAGGAUUUUCUUGUUGUUGAGUUAAAAGAAAAGUUGAU